CCAGCCACCCACCCUGCGGAGAAGUUGAGACUUGGGCUCGCUUGGGCGCUCGAAGUGGCGCCGGGGAUGAAUGGAGUGCGGGUAGCGAUGCUGGGCAGCGAAGGGACGGGCAAAUCCGCCCUUACGGUGCGCUUUCUGACGAAGCGUUUCAUUGGAGAAUAUGCCUCCGAUUCUGAAUGCAUUUAUACAAAACAUUUGUGUCUGGAUGGAAAGCAAAUUAACUUGGAAAUAUAUGAUCCGUGUUCCCAACCCCGACAAGGGAAACUCUUGCUCCCAGAUGAACUCCAAUGGGCUGAUGGAUUUGUUGUUGUCUACGACAUCAGUGACAGAACUUCAUUUGCGUUCGCAAAAGCCUUGCUGUACAGGAUCCGUGAGUGCCACACAGGAGCUUGCAAAAGAGCACCAGAGUGCACUGUUGUCUUGGUUGGGAACAAGCAAGAUUUGUGCCACAUACGAGAAGUUGGUUGGGAUGAAGGACAGAAGUUGGCCCUGGAUAACCGAUGCCAGUUUUGUGAACUGUCAGCUGCGGAACAGUGCCAGGAGGUGGGAGCUAUGUUCACCAAAGCACUGAAGAGCCUCACUGCUCAUUCCAGGGGAAAGGAGAAGAGACGGCCCAGCGGUUCAAAAUCUAUGGCCAAACUGAUCAACAACAUGUUUGGGAAGAGGAGAAAAUCUGUUUAGUGGGAAGCCCACCAAAAACAGGCAGGGAGAAAAGACUCUCUCUCUCACACACACACACAGACACACAUAUACACACACAUGUGCACAAAGGAUCUAGUCCACAUGAAGAUCUUACCCUGCCUCACAAGAAAGUCAUGGAAAUGGUCAACUUAUUCCUGCCGGCAUUGCAAAAAUCAUACCUAAAAUGUAGUCUUGGUAACUCUCAUGGGAAUAUAGUUUUUCAUUGAAAUAGGUUGACUUUAGACCACACUGACGUUCCGUCUAUGGUUAUUAAGGAGUGGGAUGUAAGUUAAUCACCAAUAAUCUUAAUUGGAUCAGGGCAGGCAAUAUGAAUAAGCCCAGGAAAAAUAUGUCCACACAUCUUAAAAUUGCCAAGGUUGAGAAACAGUGGCCUAGAUUAUGGUAUUCUUGAUUUCAGCAACAACAAAGCUUUUGGUUUGUGUGAGAGGAAGGCAGGCAGGCUGGCUGGCCAAAAUUUACAAUUGGAAAAGGAUUACCCCAAGCACCACAAAAAGGCCGUGACAAAGCAGGAGGAAAGGAAGAAAAUCUUGAACUGUUAGCAUCUUUUCCAGAUCUGAUGUUAAACUCUCAUAUCAAUUUAAGUAUGAGCUUUCCUGGCUGUAGUUCCUUUCAUUAGACAGCUUGUAAGAGUCUUGGGGGAAAGAUUAAACUCGGCUUAAAGUCAUAUCACCUAAUUCCUUUCCCAGCUUUUGGCUGUAAUCAACCAUGUGGCAGAGCCCUAACCCAAUCCCACGUAAUCAGUGUUUCCUUCCAAUAUAUUUUAGUGCCUUUUGCACAACUUAAGUGCAGAGACGGGCUUCUUGCUAAGGCUGGCCUUACACUAAAUGUUGUAAAACCACUGAGAGGCUGAUGACUUUUGGGGGGGGGCGGGGGGGGACACAGAAUGUAGCAUGUUAUUUAGCAAACUUGUGAAAAAAUCUGAUCUCCACCUCUUGCUGUUUUUCCUGCUUGCGGGUAACAUAUAAAGAGAAGCUUUCUGCAUUCCCACAGUAGGAUGUAAAAUGCAUUUGGAAAUUUGGGCUCUCUCUCAUUCUCCAAAAUAUGCAGCGCUGCCCUUUGAGGUGACCGAUAUUAAACAGCAUUCCAAUUUAUGCUGUUUGAGAAAGUGGGGUGCAGCUUCAGCACGAACCGGCAAAGUAUAUUUUCUGUUCAUUUUCUCUCUACGCAGGCUGUUUCUACAGUGAAAUCAGUCAGCAGAGCAUAGCGAGGGAGUUAUAUGAGUUUUCAUCACUGCUGCUAUUAAGACAGUUCUCAGCCCUCUGUGUUGGAAAUAACCAAUGUUACUGAGAGUUCCACUUGUGUAGAGAAAAAUAAAUUGGA